CCGAGAUGAUGUUCCGUGGAGAUAAAUCCUAGCAUGACAACUAUUCCAAAUCAGACAUGCGUGAUGCCGCAUGGAGUCAGGUUGCUACCGCGUUCGAAAACGGCGACGAGCAAGAAGUGAAAACCAUGUGGCGUCAAUUGCGGAACAUACAUCAACCGCGCAAGUAUCGUAGCAUAUACCAAACUUCUGGAGAUUCUCAAGACAACAAUGGUCCAUUGUACGACCUAUUCUUGAAAAUGGAAACCUUAACCAACGUUGGCGACUCAUCGCAAACAGCUUCCCAAGAAGAAAACCAUCGGUUGUUGCAUGAAGUUAGCGGAACGACUCCCAAGCGUCGCUUCACGUGGAAGACGUAUUUCGAAGAUGACGGUUGUAUCAAGAUACGCAAAGGGGGUACUAUUCGGUAUGAGAAGAUUUGCGAAUUAUGCGGAAAACAGGUGGAACGAUCUAUGUUCGAGUAUCACAUGAACCAACACAAUGGCGUGAGGCCGUACGCGUGUUCGUACGAAGGAUGCGGUAAGCAGUACAGCAACAAAAUCACUCGAGAUCGACAUGAGCUUUUGAUCCAUUGCCAGGAUAACUACAAGUACGAGUGCGAUCGAUGCGGGGAGAAAUUCAAGACCCGAAGCACCUUCGAUUAUCACUACGCAGUUAGGCACCAAAGUCAAAUGGUUCCGUGUCCCAUUUGCGGUAAGCUCCUGAAGCACAAGUCUCUCAUAAGGGAGCACGUCAAGCGACAUACCGUACAAUUCCCCUGCACUGUUUGCGGCAAAGUUUUGCAGAAGAAGUAUUCGCUGGACGUUCAUAUGCGAACGCACACCAACGAGAAACCGUACUCGUGCGAGCUUUGCAGCCAGCGUUUUAUGCUGAAGGUGCAGUUGAAAACCCAUCUAUCGAGGGAUCACCAACUAGCGUGGGAUAAUUAUGUGGCAUGCUACGGUGAUAGCGGAGGAUUACAACCCGAGCAGGUGAAAAAAGCUCAGCAAUAGCUAAUUUUGAUAUGGACAUCUAAAAGUGAUAUUAACUUGAUAGACAUAAGAGAUAAAAGAUCUGAAAAUGAUAUCUAAAAUUUA